AAGUGCGCGCAAGUCCGCCGGAUAUACGGAUAUAUCGAAGAACAUACUGCUUGGAAUGUCAAAAAGCGAGUGACGCUCAGCAAAUGUGAUUCGCAGCUCAUUAAAAUUCAGCAUGGAAGUUCUUACAAAUAUAUUUCGCUUAUGGUUGUUUUUGCUGCUGCUGCUGCUCGUCGCAAAAGUAUACGCCGCGUGGGCCACUCCAGUGCCAGCAGGAAAUGCAGCAUACGCGAAGACGGCUGACGAAAACCGCAGCGAGCCGAGCAAAACGAGCAACUACUUUCUGCAUGAGCCUUACGGUCCCAAUACCUACGCCUUUGGUUUUGAGGUGGAGGAUGCACAGACUAACAAUAUACAAUUUCGGGAUGAGAGACGUUUUCUGAACGGCAGCAUUGAGGGCAGCUAUGGCUAUGUGCGGCCCGAUGGACUCGUCCAGGUGACACGCUACAAAGCCGAUGAGGACAGCGGCUACUUGUCGCACUCCCAAAGCUAUGCACCGGGUGAUCAGCGUGUGGACUCCAUUUGGCCCACACAGCGUCCAGAUUUACUCAAGGCGCAGCAUGAAAUGCAGCCGGCUGUGAAUAUCAGCUGGGAUCCUAAUAGUCAUUUGAAUGUGAGCGUGGAUCAGGUGGAGCAUAAGGUGGCCCAACAGCUGAAGGAGCAGCAUGGCCUGGAUUUGAAUCACAUCAAUGUGGCGCAGGAUGUGCUGCAGCCAGCUGUGCUGGACAUAGUCAAUGGCAAGACGCCGCUCAAGACCCAAGCCAAUGGCAGUUUAGCCUUUGAAACGCUGCACAACUUUAUAGACAAGGAUUUGCCACUGGUGCCGUUCGAGUUGCCAGCCCAACAACUGCUAGCAACAACAACAACAAUAACCACAACAACGGCUACAACUUUGGCUCCAUUGGGCAACAGAACAACGCUUGGCACAUACAACAAAGCCAAGUCCAAUAACGAUGAGAAGGCACCGCAAGUGGCCAAAGUUGUGGUUAGCACCACAUUGCCACCGCCCAGGCCUUUGGUUAACGAUAAUUCCAAUGCUAGCAGCUGGUACCACAAAAUCAUUCAGGCGAAUCGUCGUGAAUUCCUAGAGCAUUUACCAAAUUUGCAUCAACUAAACGCUUAGCACACAGUUUUGUGGCACACAAAAAAAAACCAGAGGAGUACCAAAAUGUGGCUGCCCCACUGUAGCCGUUAGUUACUAAGCCACCAGCAUUGCCGACACGCCCCACAGCGACUAAUAAGCAUUAGCUUUAAUUUCUAUCACGCACGCCCGCCGCGCCUGGCCUCAACGUUAUCUCUGAAUUGUCUUCAGUUUAUGCAA